CGCUGAGCAGCCCCAUUAUAAAAGCGAUCGAUCAGCCCAGUCGGUUGGGCAGUCGUUGCGAAAUAGCUCAAGUGGAAGCAUCCAAACCCAGCCAGGAAACCACGCGUUGUGUGUAAAUUGUGCUAAAAGAAAAAAAAAAAGUUCCCUCCAAGUGCGAGUCAUCGGAAGCGAAGGAAGUGUGUGUGAAGGAAGCUAAAAGAGUGAGAGAAGGCAAAAGAAAAAAAAAUGCAGAAAGUGGCCAGGAUUGCCCUUGUUGGGUUGUUUUGUGUGAUCCUCGUGGUGGCAUAUCCGCAGAUCGACAACAAUGAAACCCUCGACGAAGACAGCGAAAUAAAACUCUGGGAAAUUGAGCGGGAAUGCGCCAUGCUUGGAGGUCUUUGCGUUCACAGGGAUGAUUGUGAUCAUGUAACCUCAACUACAGGCCUCUGCCCAUCCAACAAGCACUACGGUGUUGAAUGCUGCUACAAAUUGAAAUACCGGCUAACGACCUGCCGGAAUAAUUUAGGAGAGUGCAUGGAUCGCUGCAAUCCACGAAUUCAGAGGCCAGCAACGGACUGCCCUGGUCAGGUGUGCUGUGUCCUUGUUUAAUCCUGAGGUACGAAUCCAUCGAAUGCACAAAAGCCAAUCUCUUGGAUGAAACUUCAAUCUCUCACUUUAAUCGCGUAAUUUAUUUUAUUUAGAUUUUAGAAUGUAAAACCAAAACAAAAAUAAAUCUCAAUAAACAUGAAGGAUCUACAGAGAACUUCUUUGCUGAAAA